AUGCCGCCGUCCGAUAUCUUUCAAAGCUACGCCGAUUCACCACCACUCCUCCUCCUUCUCAUCAUCAUCGCCGUUUCGUCCGUCAUCUUUCUACUAACCAAUUUCGGCGCCGGCGGAGGAGGGAAGCUGCCGCCGAGCCCAAGAUCCCUCCCACUCAUCGGCCACAUGCACCACCUGGGCCCAACCCUCCACCGCCACCUCCACACCCUCUCGGCCCAACACGGCCCGCUCGUCCACUUCCACAUCGGCCCAAAGCCCUGCCUCCUCGCCUCCACACCGGACCUGGCCCACGAGAUCCUCAAGACCAACGAGCCGGCCUUCCUCAACCGGCCCAAGGUGGCCAACCUCCACUACCUGACCUACGGCUCGGCCGACUUCGCCACGGCCCAGUACGGCCCGUACUGGAAGUUCAUGAAGCACCUCCUCAUGAACCGCCUCCUCGGCCCACAAACCCUCGACCGGUUCGCCCCGGUCCGACGCGACGAAACGAUCCGGUUCCUGAACCGGACCCGGAACAGAGCCGAGGCAGGGGAAGAAGGAAUGGACGUCGGAGCCGAGCUCACGAGGCUGACCAACAACGUGAUCUCGAGGAUGAUGCUGCGGACGAGGUGCUCCGACGACGACGCGGAGGCCGACGAGGUGAGGCGGCUCGUGAGGGAGAUGACGGAGCUUGGGAGGAUGUUCAAUGUGUCGGAUACGUUUUGGGUCUUGAAGAAUUGGGACUUGCAAGGGUUUGAGAAGAGGCUUGUGGAUGCAAGAGGAAGGUACGAUGUUCUGAUGGAGAGGAUCAUGAAGGAGCACGAGGAUUUGAGGAGGAAGAGGAAAAUGAAGGAUGGUGAUUGUGGCGGCUUGGAGGAUUGUAAGGAUGUGCUUGACAUUUUGCUGGAUAUAUAUGAAGAUGAGGAAGCGGAGAUGAAAUUGACGAGGGAGAACAUCAAAGCUUUCAUCAUGAACAUAUUUGGAGCUGGAACAGACACAUCAUCGAUUCUCAUCGAGUGGGGGCUCUCGGAGCUCAUAAAUCAUCCAGACGUGACGAAAAAGGCAAGGCAGGAGAUGGAACUAGUUGUAGGAAAUGACAGGUUGGUCCAAGAAUCAGACAUCCCAAACCUUCCCUACCUCCAAGCCAUCCUAAAAGAGCUCCUCCGUCUCCACCCAACCGGUCCCUUGAUCGUCCGAGAAUCAUCCCAAGAAUGCACGAUCGCCGGCUACAAAAUCCCGGCGAAGACGAGGCUGUUCGUCAACAUCUGGUCCCUGGGGAGAGAUCCAAGCCAUUGGAAGGAUCCCGAGGAGUUCAGCCCGGAGAGAUUCAUGGGAACAGAGUGGAGCGGGAAGAAGAAGAAUAACAUGUUGGAUGUGAGGGGGCAACAUUUUCAUCUGUUGCCCUUUGGCAGCGGAAGGAGGAGCUGCCCCGGUGCGUCGUUGGCCCUGCGGUUCGUGCCGGCGACUCUGGCGGCGAUGAUUCAGUGCUUUGAUUGGACGGCGGUUGGCGAUGGUGGUGGUGGAGGCAGAGUGGACAUGGAAGAGGGUGGAGCUGGGCUCACGCUUUCUAGGGCUCGUCCUUUGGUUUGUGUCCCAAUUGCUAGGCGAGGUGUCGGCGACCUUUUAUCUAUGAUGUAACAAAAAAAUGUGUGCUUUAGUGAAUUGGGUAAGGGUACUACUAGUGAGAUACACAUCAAU